CAUCAAGCUACAGGGAUGAAAUCUGACAGAAGUGAGAUUUGAAUCGACACCUCAAUUAGGAGACCAGAAGUCCCUUCGCCAAAAGGUUGAAGGGUUCAGUCAGUCACUCCAGUGUUCUCUGCUCCACCGCCCCCACCUCCACCGCCCCACUCCCCACCCCCUAGUAUCUGUAUGAAAUCAGAGAUGAACAAACAGCGACAGUAAAGCAGACUUAAGACGGGAAAGAGGAGGUGAACCCUCGACGCGCUGAUGAACCACGAGCCACAUUUGGGGGAAUUAACUAAGAAAAUGUCGCACAAAAAGUCCUCAUUGAUACCAGGUAAUGCGGAGAACCUGCGGAGUAGAUCCGCCGUUGAUUCCUCAGAGAGCUAUGUAGAUCCCGAACAGCAUCACCGGAUCCCGCAGAGACAGUCUCAAACUGACUGGCUCUGUGUUGGCCCCCAGCAUCCAGAGCUGGGCGUAGCGGAGACGCCUUCCCCAGACGCUUCUGCCCACCACUUCUGCCACUACACGCCGAAAUGCUUCCUCACUGUCCCCAGAGCUGUGUACGCAGGAGGACACAGCACCUUAGCCCGGUCCACUCCAAUGCGAGGUGGUCGCUUUACUCCAUCACGGUAUGGAGAAGAGGGAUGGCAUGAAGGCACCACGAAGACCACAAUCAGAGCUGACAAUGAGGUGGAGGCACACAGGGAGGCCAACAACUACAAGUUUGGCUUCAGGAAGUGGAAGGGCAAUGUAACAGAGAGGCCCAUUGAGGACCGAUCAGACAUCAUCAAAGAGCUCCACUCUGAUCUUACCGUUGUUAAGCCAAGAGAAGGCCCAGUGGUCACCUUUGGGAACAUAGUUUAUGUGUUUUUAUUUGGAUGGUGGAUAUCUUUAUUCUACUUCCUCAUUUGUCCUGUAAUGUUUCUCACAAUCUUUGGCGCUCCUUAUGGCAAACUUUGUUCAAAGAUGGCAUUGUUCUUUAUUUGGCCAUUUGGGAAGUCUGUGGAAAAGGCCAGUGAUGUGGGUAAGCAAUCCUUUGCAGGGCCUCCAAAGUGCGAGGUCAUUCCUGAAGAGAAGGACAGUGAAGAUGGUAAGGACCUUAUCAGGGACAAGGACUCCGCACCCCUUCUGAUGUCUUCCCCAGUCCCUGUUGAGAUUCCUGUCCCAGAACCACCAGCUAGAAAAUCCUCAACUCACUGGUGUCGCGUCAGUACUUAUGUUUGGUUGAUGCUGGGUUACCCUGUCCUGGCUGUAGUCCACUGCCUGGCCUGUGUGCUCUCCUGGCUGCUGGUCUUCACUAUACCUAUAGCCAAGAUGAAUGCUCGCACACUGACCACCAUCCUCCUCAUGGCACCAGAGCGCAUUCAGAUUCACACACUGGAAAAGACACAUGGGUGCGAGAGCAAAGUCAUCUUAUGCUGUUAUCACGCUUUCAAUGUGCACUACUACAAGUACACUAUCCAAGGAAUCAACAUUUUCGCUCUCAACCUGCUUCCCUUGGUGUUAAUCACUCUGGUUAUUGGCUAUACUGACCAUGAACACAAUUACAUCAGUGCAGAGACCAAGUUUGCCACAGCCAUCACUUCCAUCAUUCCUCUGUCCUAUUAUAUUGGCAUGGGUAUAGCCAGCAUUUCUGCACAGAGCAAUUUUGCAGUGGGGGCGGUGGUGAAUGCCACGUUUGGCUCCAUCACGGAGAUGACGUUCUACAUCACAGCACUGCUGCGGGGACACCGUGCGGCCACCAAGUGUUACGAAGAGAUUGUCAAAGCAGCGCUCACUGGGACCUUGCUUGGGUGCAUACUGUUCAUACCUGGUAUCUGUAUGAUCAUUGGGGGCAUUAAACACAGGGAGCAGCGAUUUAACAGCCGGUCGGCUGGAGUGAGCUCGGCUUUGCUCUUCAUAUCCAUAGGAGGUGUGUUUGCUCCCACACUCUUCUCAAAGACCUUCGGUGAUCUGGUGUGUGAAAGCUGCACCAAUGUUCCAGGCAAUGUCAGCGUACCCUUCAUUUGCAAGGACUGUCACUACGACAUGAGUCAAAGUGAUCCGCAUUUGAUUCUCUCACAAAUUGAACCCCUGGUGUACACAGUUUCUGUGCUGCUGCCUUCUGCAUACCUGAUCGGCCUCAUCUUUACACUGAAGACUCACUCCCACAUCUAUGAUAUCCAUGUCAGCGAUGGCCAUGCAGGCCAUGCAGGCCAUGCACACGGUCAGUAUGCACACGUGGGCACCAGCACCUCCCACCCCACUGGUGAGGUCCCCACUGGCCACCUCCUUGAAGCCAACUCGUGUAUUAAUGCCAGCAUUGUUGCCACAAGCCAGGUGGUUGCAACAGCAGGUCAUCAUGUGGUCCACUGGUCCCGCUGGAGGGCUCUUGCAGUGCUGAUUGUUGCCACAGUGCUGAUGGCCUGCUGCGCUGACCUCAGCACCGACAACAUCGAGCCCUUGCUAACCCAUUCCUCCAUCUCCCAGUACUUCAUCAGUGUCACAGUGUUGGCCAUGGUGCCAGAGCUUCCUGAGAUUGUCAAUGGGAUCCAGUUUGCACUGCAGAACAAUAUCAGCCUGAGCCUUGAAGUGGGCAGUUGCAUUGCUGUGCAGGUCUGCAUGAUACAGAUUCCUCUGCUCAUACUCUUCAAUGCUUUCUAUGACGUUGGAUUUCUACUUGUGUUCAGUGACAUUCAUCUCUGGGCCAGCAUCUUCAGUGUCAUUCUGGUCAACUACAUCUUCAUGGAUGGGAAAUGUGAUUACUUUCAGGGCACUGCUCUUGUAGUGGUCUACCUCAUUCUGUUGGCCCUUUACUUUUUUGCUCCUUCUCCACAAUCGUGUUGAUCUGCUUUUCAAGAAAAUUCCUAAGGCUCCAAAAGUUUAUGCCACUAUUGGAAUACACUAAUCCCUCAUUUUCAGGUGGUGUAUGUUCAGUGGCACAAAAUGUAGAAAAAGAGCUGGGUUGCAUUCUGAAAUGUCACAGCGGAGAUGUAAGUCUGUCUGCUUUUUCCAAUAUGGCACUUUCUCACUUCUGGCUAUCAGAAAUUGCUCCUGAAUUUAAUGUGAAUGUAUUUUUGUUUCUGAAUGAUUAUGAUAUGUGGUUUAUAUUGAACAUAAUAAAUGCAACAAUUUCUAAAACCUU